GACUGCAGCAUCAUAAACAACAUGCAGAAUGCGCGUAAUACACUUUUCCGAUGCAGGGAUUUAAACUAGAGUAAACGGCAUACAAUGAUAACAAUUGUUAGCAAUCGUACAUGAGAAAAUGACCACAUACGGAGUUCUGGUUGUUCUAUCGGUUCUCAUACUGUUACUCAAUGUUGAGGAAUUAGUUGCUGAUUGUCCAAACAAUAAGGAAAGGUGUGAUUGGAUUUCGUGGAAGUCAUGGUCGUCAUGCAGCCUUACAUGUGGUGGCGGCAGCAAAACAAGGUCAAGAGAGUUGUGCUGCAAAACUAGCUUGACAUAUAGUGAAUGCAUCGAUGAAUGUAAUCUUGUAAGCCAUAGUAGUGAAUCAACGACCUGCAAUAGUUAUUGUUACAACGGUGCCUCUUAUAUUGGCGGUUGGUGCAGGUGUCCUGCUGGAUAUAAAGGAACCUGUUGCCAGUCAGAUGUAAACGAGUGUACGGAGUAUUCAUACUGUUCUCAGCUCUGCACGAAUACACACGGUUCAUACAGAUGCAGCUGUAGACAAGGCUAUCUGUUAAACUAUGAUAACAGAUCAUGCAGAGAUACAGAUGAAUGCACUGACGGAUCGUCAAGGUGUUCUCAUAUAUGCUCCAAUACGGUUGGUUCUUACAGCUGCAGCUGUAGAGUUGGAUAUACACUGAGCUGGGAUGGAAUAACUUGUAUCGAUGCUGAUGAAUGUCAAACAGGAGAAGACGACUGCGAAUACAAGUGUGAAAACACGAUAGGUUCCUUUCAAUGCUUAUGCGAUAAGGGUAACCAAUUAAACGCCGAUGGUAAACAGUGCUCCGAUAUAGACGAGUGCAUUACAUUAAACGGUGGAUGUGAUCAGAUUUGCACAAACAUCGCUGGUUCAUUUUAUUGUUCAUGCAACGCCGGCUAUUCCUUGCAGAUUGAUGGAACCUCCUGUGUUGAUGUUGACGAAUGCACCGAACAGCUAUCCCGAUGUGCACAAAUAUGCAUCAACGAUGUAGGAGGUUACACUUGUCACUGUUUUGAAGGGUAUUAUCUCGCUGAAGACGAAUAUUCGUGCAUAGAUAUAGACGAUUGUUUGAAUGUCACUUGUCACAAUGAUGGGCUAUGCAUUGACGGAGUCAACACAUACAUGUGCUCAUGUUCGGACGGCUUUACUGGUGUUCAUUGUGAGGAAGAUAUAAAUGAAUGCAACAGUUAUUUGAACGGAGGAUGUGAAGACGUUUGCAUAAACACAAUUGGCUCCUUUUAUUGUAACUGCUCUGGGCAAUCGACAUUACGAACAGACGGAUUUACAUGUUCAGGUUUAAGCGACGAAGAUCCAGAUUUGUUUCAAAGGUACAACAUCUCAAAUAAAGUGCUUCCAAGGGGAUGCUCAGUUGUUCCUCUCACACACUGUGGUGAAACAAACUCAAUGCAAAUCGUUCUUUCUUCUACGUCGCCCUGGCAUGAGAAUGAUCAGUUAGACAUUGUAUUUACACGCGGGAUUUCGUUUGCUGAGACUAGCUCUCAAUCAUUUCCUAUUUCGUUUGCUGGUGUGCAGUAUCGUACAACUACCAAUUCAAUCAAAAUGGAUACAGAGGUCGGCAGGUGGAAUAUCAUUGAUGGACACCAGAAAGGGAAAAAUAAAUCGGAGAAUUGCUUAUCAUUCGAGACAACGUUUAAAGAUUUAAGGUCCAUUUUGAUGUCAGGUGCUUUUACAAGAUCUAUUUUUGGUAGUUUUGAAAAGGUAUUACCGAGGUGGUUAUCAUUUGAAAACAAUGGGCCACCUAUGAUGCGCAUAAGUGACGUAAAGGCACGGCUUCUUACCGGAGAGGAAAUCAAUAAUGGUAUUUGUAGAGGUGCGCCGCUAACCAAAGAAAAUAUAUACAUACUGUAUUCAUUCUCAAAACAAUUUGAAUUGAACUUAUUUGGACAAAACAUUAUCUUGCCAAAUCCACUUAGAGGAAAAAAACAUUGCAUAAUCCUUGACGUUUGUAACUCCUAUGGAAUAAGUUUCUUUUUAAUGCUGCCGGAAGAAUCAAGAGAUAUCUUAAAUACAAUAGAUGUGUUCAGUUCUCUUCGAAAACAUUAUGGAAUUUCAAUCAAACCAAUUGGUUUUGGACUGUCUUUGGAAAAUAACAUUAACCUUGAAAAACAAAAAUCAAGUGUUAAGUACUGGAAUGGACAAAUCAUAUUCUCACAUUCAUUAUACAAAUAUGGCGGAUUUUGGAUUGCCGGAGAUAUGGCUAUGACGUACGGGUCAAUCCGUAUGAAAGGUCAGGCUUUCGUCUAUACAUCCGUUCCAUCCUUCCAUAAGUUCCUUCACAGUUUUCAUUUUUUCGAAUGGCGGGUAGGCUGGCAUUUUACAGCCGCCUCUGACAUCGAAAUUAAAAUGUCAGACUAUGUUAUUAAACUAACGGACGAAGGCACAACUGAAGUUGAUAUGUAUGGCUUUUUUGGAGGGAAUACAAAAAGGCAAUUGUGUGGAAACAUUGCCAAUCCCGAGGGGUUAUUUAUUACAAUGGUGAUCGAUGUGAAUCCAUUUAAACAUAUUCCGUUUCUUAACUGGAUUAGACCUUCUUUACACACACGAUUGGAUGGCUAUGUUAUAAGACAGCGAUCGGACUUCCAAAAUCGAAAUGUACAUGGAUUUGUUCAAACAGUUAAAAACUUCCAACAGCACGUAGAUAAGAUUGUAAUGGAUGUCAAAAACAUUAGCUUACACUAUUAUUCAAUUCUAUCAAAAGAAUCAUUGAAACAUAUGUCGGAUAUACAAAGGGUUGGUAAAAAUUUGAUUUCGACUAUUGAAAAAGUGCAAUAUGGUGAUGAAAGCUUGGUAAAAAUCGUUGAAUGCGCCGAUAAUUUAUCAGACGAUUGGUUUUCUCUACAUGAUAAAUGUUUAAGACUGUCAGCAUCUGUUGCUGAAAAUGUACGAUUUAUGAAAUAUAACCUCACAAGCAAUAUUCAGUCAGAAAUGAAUAAAGCAAUGGUGGUUUACAAAGACAUUCAGAAUAAAGCCUUUUCAGACGUCAAUACAACAAACGAUGACUAUUCAUUUGGGUUAAAAUUCAAAGCAGAUUCCCUUAUCUUUUUUGGAAUAAAACUGAUUGGCGUAGAAGUAAAGACGACUUAUACAUCACCCAAAACUCAGCAUUGCAAUGCACUUGGAAACACUUUUUCUCUGUUGAAAAACGAGGACACACUAUUCUUUUCGGUGUAUAUUGGACCAGAAGCCGUAAUACCGUUAGGUAGAACACUGAAAUUGGAUUCCAAUCUCUCAGCUGGUUAUGGUGUAGCCUUAAGUGUAACGAAUCCUGAUCAGUUUGAAGUGUUAUUGAACGUUAAAGCUGAAAUAUUGGGUAUUACUGGACGAGUUGAUAUGUUUAUCUCACCAGUAGGAAUUCGAUACUAUUUGGAAGGAAAUAUAGGCAAUAUAUUCAAGGCUCAGCUUAAUGUGUCACUGGCAAAGGAAAUAUCAUUAUACAACAACUUAAAUUGGUUGACAAUCUCGUUUCAUGUAAACGGGCGGUUUGUCGCGGAUGCCUACGGAGACGGCGACUUUAAUGAUGACUACAUCGAAUCUCUACAGAUUGCAACACAACAUCUAGCUGAUGAAGCAUCAAAAAGAAUUGAGCGAGCUAAGGACUCGAUAACACAAGCUCAAGCCGGUUUAACGUGGGCACAAAAUUGGUUAGAAAAGAAAACGAAAAACAAAAGGUCUGCUGAAGAUUACUUCGAUAUUGCCACACGUAAAAUGGAAAUCGCUAAACGGGAUCAUGAAAAAGCUAAAAUUCCGUUUCUUCGAGCUAAACAAUCACUGACAGAUGCUCAGCGAAGAGUUGAUCGCCUUUGCAUAAUUGAACCUUGCAGACAUAUAUGUGUUCCUGGCGUCCGCUGUAUCAUAUUCAAAAUACAGAUAUUGUUCUUCGUUUUCUCUUUUCCCAGUUGCAGACUAAACAGCUGCUUGUUUUCAAUUCCAGAUCCACAAUGUGUUAUUUCUAACUCUGGGUGUAGAAUUGUCAGGACUCUAGCGUAUGCUGCCUUAGAAGAAACAAAGGGAUUUGUACGAACUUCACUGUUUUCUUUAGACUUGGCAAAUGAAGCAGUUUCUGUCGCCCAAGUGAACGUCGAUAAAUCUAGAAUCGUUUUGGAUGCAGACGAAGGUAUGGUGAAUAUUGCUCAAAAAGGCUUGGAGGGUGCUAAAGACAUAUAUGAGGGUGCAAAACAAGCUUUAGACGGUGUAAAAUAUGUUGUACGGUUUGGUGUUAUGGCAAUUAACUUUAUACUAAAGCAUGGGAUUAUGAAAAUUGUCGAUGUUCGCAAGUGUGGUUUCGACCUAGAGGUUGCUACAUCAAAGCUUUCUAUAUUUGAUGUUCUCUGUGAUAUAAACGCGUUUGACCUUGGUUUUAGACAACUUAGAAUACGGAUCAAUUUCAACGAUAUAUAUCAGAGUAUGUGGUACGCAGCAAAAGAAACAAUUAAUUCAAUACUAGAAUCUAUUGAAACAAUUGGGAAAAGAGAACGCCGCAAAAUUCGAGACGUGGCUACGACAGCUGUGUAUACAAUCAUACGGGAGCUGGACAACACCGAUUUAAAUGAGACUUCUUUUGACAUUAACACAAAUGAAACCAUUGAUGUUGUGUUUAGAACAUUAGGCUUCAGAUCGAACUUAUCAAACGACUACGAAAAUAGGAAGGAAAUUUUCGAAACGAAAUGUAACAUCUUCAAUUCUUCGCACACCUUUCUAACAUAUUCAAUCAGCGUUUUACUUUCGAUGGUGAACGAAACUGUUAAUUCAAUGAACAAUAUUUCGUCUACACACGACAUUUUGAAUGGUGUUCGAUUGGAGAAUUUAACUGAAAACUUUACAGUUGAAAAUAUAGGAGUUAAUCUUGAUGUUGCCAUGGCAGAAUUUAACAUAAGCGCCCAAGAUGUCUUUGAUAAAAUCAAUGCAUCAAAAUCAGAACUUACAGACGACCCAUUACUCUCGGCUAUAGAUUCCUUUGCAAAUGAAGCGUCUGUUGUCUUAAAAGAUCAAGUGAAUGCUAUGAAUAACAUAAUGGUAGUAACUAGUUGGAUUGCUGCAAUGAAUAACAUAUCUGAAGGAUUCUUUGAAAAAGACCGGUGCGUGUCCUUUAUGGAUUGCGCUCAUUAUACUGUGUCAGAAAUGUACAACUUGCACGUUGCCUGUAAUAUGACACACACAGGGCAGAGUCUUCAAAUGAUAUCUGAGUUUGAGGAUGUGUUUUUGCACUUGACUGGCAAUGCAUCCCAUACGACGGACGAUGUUUAUAGCAUGGCGAUGACAGCGAUCGGAAUAUUGGAGGAAAUUAAUAGUUUGAACGUUUUUUGCUCUCAAGCACCUGAGGUAGUACAAUAUUUGCAAAACCAAACCAUUUCUGAAGGCAGCGCUUUGUUCCUAGUGUGCAAUGUCACUGGAGACCCUUUUCCAACGAUAUGGUGGUUUAAGGAUGAUGAAUAUCUAUCUGUUCAAAGGGAACAAACCUUAGCAAUUUACAACGCAUCAGUUGAAGAUAGUGGGAAAUAUUACUGUAUUGCUGGCAAUUUGGUUGCUAAUUUGACGUUACCAGAGGUUGAUGUUGCUAUAGCAGAAGUUGCCCCAAAGGAGGACAGUGAUGAGAAUUGGACGAAAAUGACAGUGAUUGUUACAGUGACAACGGUGGUUAUAGUACUUUUAUGUGGAAUUAUUUCAGGAAUGAUUUGGAAAUCGAGAAAGCGUCAAACAGAAAGUUGAAUUGAAUUAUAAUUGUUUUUUUCUGUAUGCUUAAAUUUGUUUCAUUGCGAAUCGUUAUGAAGGGUUUUGCCUUCUAAUGACAUUAUUAGGUACAUGUAUGUACACGAACGUUUAGGAGGUUAGUGCUAUUGAGUAGCGAUAUAAUUUGUAUUGAAUAGUUGACUUCAUAUAGACAUUUGUAUUUGACCAAGAUCACCAAGGUCCAGAACAAGUUGUACAUUUAUAUUACAAAUAAUACAGCUUAACAAUGUAAUCAGCAAUUUUAUGUUUUGAAAUUGUAUAAUUUACUUCUUUAUAACUCGAACCUUUUAAUUUGUAUUAAUACAAUAGAAACUGCGGGGAAAUUAUUUGCCAGAUACAGGUGGCGUGUUAUAUUAAGUGCUUUAUUGAACAUUACAACUAAUAUUCUUAAACUAGCAACUUUUUACACAAAUUAUAUAAUGAAAAAAACAAGGAGAUGUAAUUUAUAAAGUAUGUGUAUUAAUUUGGAUUGAAAUAAAGGGUAUU